AUGGCUUCAUAUUACCUGGCAAUCAUAGGUACAAAAGAUUGCCCAAUUUAUGAGCUUGAAUUUGGCUCUUAUCGCCAGAGUGGUGAUGGGAUUUCCAAAUUCCCGCCAGAGAUCAAGGAACUGAGUCCAUUUAUUCUCCACAGUUCCCUGGAUAUUGUUGAAGAUGUCCAGUGGACUACUAAUUCUCUAUAUUUGAAGUCAGUGGAUAACUUUUAUAGCUACAUGGUUUCGGCCUUUGUAACCCCUGGAAGUAAGUACACUAUAUCAGGAGCUAAUUUAGGUGUUGGCCCCAAGUUUCGGUUAGAAGAGCCUGCAGACUAA